UGUGUUUUGGAAGGAAGCGUCAAAGAUAUGGAACGGGUCGGUGCGGUGCGUACAUAUCAAAUGGGCGGAACAUUAGCCAACGGGAAACGGCCACGUGGCGGCCAUCCCCAGCACUUUAAUUGAUGUUCUUGUCUAUAUAAAGGGAGAGUGCCCCACGCUUUCUACCAAAUCAAAAUUUCCAGCUACACACUUCACUCACUCCUCUUCUCUCAAAACGUCUCCACGAAGCAAAAGGGAUCGCUGCAUUUCACACACUCUUUCGCCGCACCUUGCUCUAAUCGUACGACGCCGACACAAAUUUCAAUAUUUAAGGCCACCAGAUCUUAAUUUUGAGCGAAAAAAGGAAACAAAAAAAUGGGGGCUUUGGAUCAUCUCUCCAAUAUGUUUGAUUGCUCCAGCGGCCACUCCAAGCUCAAGAGACGCAAGCAGCUGCAGACAGUCGAGAUCAAGAUCAAGAUCGACUGCGAAGGUUGCGAGAGGAAGGUGCGAAGAUCGGUCGAAGGUAUGAAAGGGGUGAGCUCCGUGGACAUAAACCCUAAGCAGAACAAGCUGACCGUGGUCGGCUACGUCGACCCGGAGAAGGUCGUGGCGCGUGUGGCCCAUCGUACGGGAAAGAAGGCCGAGUUCUGGCCUUAUGUCCCGUACGAUGUGGUUGAGCACCCUUAUGCGGCCGGUGUGUAUGACAAGAAGGCUCCUGCCGGCUAUGUUCGGAAUGCGAUGGACCCUCACACCUCGCAGCUUGCACGGGCUAGCUCGACCGAGGUUCGCUACACGACGGCUUUUAGCGAUGAAAAUCCGUCGGCAUGUGUGGUCAUGUGAUCUUAUAGGAUAUCACAUGAGAAGUAGAAAGCUAUGUAUGUUGGAGCAUCUAAGGCUGUCUUUUUUUCUGUUACAUGUGCUUUUGUGUAAUCUUUUAUGCAAAUUGAAGUAAUUUCUUAGGUGUGUUGGUUUGUAAUGAAAUAUAAUGUGAUGUUAGAGAGA